AUGUAUUCUCUGAUACUCCAUGGAAGAAGGUCUGUUGAGUUACAUAGAUGUCAUAAUCCGAUGAUUCUAGUGUAUCUCUUACAAAAUGCGUCGCCUUUUUCCAAUUCCUUCUCUUCUGCUAUUGCUGCUGAUGUGAUCUUUCUCCAAGAAGAAAGCAUCUCGAAUAAAGUCAGUUUUGAGGAAAAGGGUAAGCCAGAUUCUGUUCUGGGCCUUUUUAGAAGCCAUGGGUUCACAGAUUCUCACAUCUCAAGCAUCGUUACAGACUAUCCACGACUGCUUAUAGCAGAUGCUGAGAGAUCCCUUAGUCCCAAGCUUAUGUUUUUAAAGUCCAGAGGAGUUUCAAGCUCUGAGCUCACUGAGAUUCUCUCAAAAGUUCCUAAGAUCUUGGGAGUGAAAAAGGAAAAAGCUUUCCUCAGAUACUAUGAUUUCGUCAAAGAGGUUAUAGAAGCUGACAAGAGUUCCAAUUACAAGAAGUUACGUCGUUCUUCAUUACCACAGGGAAAUGUAAAGUUUAAAGAAUCUCUCAAGAAGGUUGUUGAGCUGGGUUUCGAUCCCACCACUUCAAAGUUUGUCAAAGCUCUAUUCACUGUUCAAAAGUUUAGCAGCAAAGCAAUUGAAGAGAAGGUCAUUUUCUGUAAAAAUCAAGGCUUUGAUGUAUGGGCCAUGUUCAAGAAGUUUCCUACCUUUCUGAAUAGCUCCGGGAAGAAGAUAAAUCAAACAAUUGAAACUCUUAAGAAGUUUGGGCUACAAGAUGAAGAGAUCCUCUCACUGUUUGACAAGUGUCCACAAUGCAUUAGUUAUUCAGAGCAGAAGAUGGACAAGGCCAUUGAAACACUUUUAUGCCUUGGGUUCAGUAAGGCUGACUUAACAGUGAUUUUGAAGCGCCGUCCUCAGUGCAUUGGGUUAUCCGCAGAGUCGGUGAAGAAGAAGACUGAGUUUCUGGUUAAGGAGAUGAAUUGGCCACUAAAGGCUGUGGCUUCGUUUCCAGAGGUACUUGGAUUAAGCAUGGAGAAGAGGAUUGUACCAAGGUGUAACGUUAUCAAAGCUCUCAUCUCUAAAGGAUUGAUCAAAAGUGAACAACUCCCUCCACUAGCGUCUGCUUUGGUAUGUACAGAUCAGGAUUUCUUUAAAAGGUACGUGAGGAAGCAUGAUGAUGACGUGGCUGAGUUGAUGGCUAUAUUCACUGGAGAGACAAAAACAAACAAAAAGAUCACCUGUUGA